UUAGUUCAUGGUUGACACAGCUUGUUAUUCAAGGCACGUGAAUGUAUACAACCUGUAUUUACACAUCAUAACUACAUUGUAAUUACCACCUUCCCACUUGGUAAUGAACGCAGCAUAUGCUAGCUAACUGUAGUUAGGAAAAAAUUGCUUAAAUUUUUAGCUAACCCUGUAAAAUACCAGUGAAAAGAUGGCGACGGCAAUAUACCUGGAACAUUACCUUGACACUGAAGGACCAACCCCGCGGACAAUCGGAAGUGUAUUGAGAAUCUGCCCUGUGAACUACAGAGAAACUUUACACUGAUGCGGGACCUGGACAAUAGAACUGAAGAGAAAAAAGGAGAGAUUGACAAGCUGGCGGAGGAGUACAUCUCAAGUGUAAGGAACUUGGCUUCGGAACAGAGGGUUGAGCACCUGCAGAAGAUCCAGAGUGCUUACAGCAAGUGCAAAGAGUUCAGUGAUGACAAAGUGCAGCUUGCCAUGCAGACAUAUGAAAUGGUGGACAAGCAUAUCCGCAGGCUGGAUGCAGACCUGGCCCGAUUUGAGAAUGAGCUGAAGGAGAAGCUGGAAGUGGGCGGCUAUGAAAGUCCAGAAGGAAGAGGGUUAAAGAAGGGUGAAGGUCAGGGACUGAGGGAGAAGCGAGGACCCAGGGGGAGAGGAAGGAAAUCAUCAGAUGAGGAUUCUCCCAGGAAGAAAAAGCUUAAAAACAGCCCAGGGUUGAGUUCUGCUCUCCUGCCAAUGCAACAGUCGGAUGUUUUGGACAUGCCAGUUGAUCCCAAUGAGCCAACAUACUGCUUGUGCCAUCAAGUGUCAUAUGGAGAGAUGAUUGGAUGUGAUAACCCUGAUUGUCCAAUUGAGUGGUUUCACUUUGCUUGUGUUGAUCUUGCUACAAAGCCCAAAGGAAAAUGGUUUUGUCCACGAUGCACCCAGGAUAAGAAGAAAAAAUGAGAUAUAUUUCUUUAAAGUACUUUUCUAUAAAUAUAUGUAUUUUGUCUAUGUAGUAAAGUGUAAUAUAUUGACAAAAUUAUUUCCCUUUCUAUUAUGUCCGUGCAUACAUAUUAUGGUCUAAAUACAAAGCUUUUAUUCGAAGUACUUGAAAUAUGUAAACAUUUAAAAGUUUUAGUAUUUGACAAACAAAUUCAACAGCUGUUGAUAAUACGUUUUCUACAUGGUUUAGUUUCCAUUUUUUUAAAAUUCUGUCCUCACUUAAAUAUUAGGGCCAGUGUUAGGGUCUCAUUUGUGUCUGCAUUUUAGUUACCUAGAUACCUCUCGGGUUCAAGCACAUGCAGAUACUGCAAUCUUGAAUCCUGCCUAAAAAUCUAUCUUAAACCAAGCAAGCAAACAAAAACAUUCACUCCGUCCAGUCUUGGACUAAUAAGCUAUCUGGUAAAAGGUGCACUAUAUUUUUAUAUUGACUGUCAAAAGCAUUUGCCCACUCUUGAAUGUAUUAUGGUGAUAAUGAUCAGACAUUUAGGAAGGGACUGGUAUCUCUUUGCCAACAUAACCAGCAAGCAUUAAAGCACUUUGAAUAAAACAUCUGCUGUUCACCACUAACGAUAAACAAUUUAACAGUCCCUACUCACUAGAUAAAGUGGACAUAGUGCAAGCCCUAUUUUUCUUUUGUGGGGAAUGGCUUUCCAAAUAUAUUUUAUUCGUUCACGCUGCUGUAAAGUACAAAUGAAAGACUAACAUUGUAAGAAAUUGAACAAUAAUAUGAAACAUGUUAAUGAUUCUGAGCUAUUCACUGGAAACGAAGUCCACUGCUAUUGCUUUUGAAUAUUUUGUUGACCAUAAGCAAUUAUGCCACUUAUUUUAUUAUAACCAUACACAAAAUACUAUUGUCCUUGAUAUACAAGGACGUGACAAUUGUGACUAUUCCUUUCCAAAGUUCUUUACAGUUUUUAUUCAUUGUUCGGGAUUUUUAGGGUUUUAGCAUAAACUUGUCUUUAUUCAACUGUGAAUAUAUCAAUCUUGUACAAGUAUAAUGCUGUUGAAAUGGAGAGAAGGUCAAGGAGCCGAAGUAUUUGUAUUUUGUACAUGUCAGUGUUUCAUAUCAAUAAACAUUUACAACUAUUCAAUA